AUGGUUCGGACACGGCUGCUCCCUGUUCUCGUGGCCGUAGGUCUCUUCACUGGUCAGGUAACAUCUCUUGCGACAUCAGAUUCCUGGAGGGAUGUCGACCUCGGCCAAUCUUCCUAUGUCGGCGGGAGUCAUAAUCUGGAUCCUGCCGUUGUUGACAGUCCACAUUUCGGCUUGCGAUGGAAGGUAGACUUCAACAAGGGCGAAACUCAUUACGCCAGACCAUUGAUUUACACACCUCCAUCCACGAACAAGCAAAUCGUGUUUCUUGCGUCAACGGAAAAUCGACUCCGCGUUCUCGAUGCGGAGACAGGAGAGGUCUUGAAGAAGAGGAAGCUAGCUGAACCAUUCCCUCUGGCAGAGGCAUUUUGCACUCAAGUCUCUGAGACGCUUGGGAUCAUGGGCACACCAACCAUUGACCCAGAGACUGAUACGGCUUAUUUCUACGCAAAAUCGUAUAUACCAUAUUAUCGUGAUGUUACAAAGACUGGGAUCAUAAACGGUGUAUACUACUUCUAUGCAGUCGACGUGAACACACUCGAAGACAUAGAAGGGUUUCCCAUCCUAAUCGACGGCCUCCAUGCAGACAACGAUCCAAGGAGGUAUUUCAUCGGAGGUACGAUCCUGCAAAGGCCCUCACUUCUCCAACUUGGCGAUAUAGUCUACGCCGGCUUUGGGGGUCUGUGCGAUGCAUUCAAUGCUACUGGAACGAUCAUAGGGAUAGACGUGAAGCAGAAGAAGGUGACUACACAUUGGGUGACCCAAGCGGGCCCCGACGCUCCGUUCUCAGAGGAUUGGACUGCCUGGCAUGGUGGAGGUCCUGGCGGCGUCUGGCAAAGCGGACAAGGUCUCGCAACCGAUGGCGGCAGUAUCUUUUUCGUUUCAGACAACGGCGGUGGUUCUAUGGAUGAAACUAUUGACACGACUCCUCGACGCGGUAAUGCAAGCUUGUCUAUCUUGUCAGAAGUCGUUGCCCGAGUCAACCCGACAGCGGAUGGAGGUCUUGAUGUGGUAGAUUUCUUCAGGCCACACAAUUACCAAUACGACGACGAAAAGGAUCUGGGCUCUGGGGGAUUCUCGCUCCUCCAUCCCUACUUCAAUUCCACCACCGUGUCACGCAUUGGCACCGUUGCAAGCAAAAACAACAAAAUCUUCAUCUUCGACGCCUACAACCUCGGUGGCUACCGUCAGGGUUCAAACGGGACCGACGCAGUCCUCCAGACAAUUCCUGUCGGCGGCGAAGUCUUCGGCAGCAUUGGCUCUUACCCGCUGGAUGGCGGCUACAUCUACGUCGCCCCACUUCGGAACCCUCUCUCCGCGUACAAGCUCUCAAUCACCGAGGACGGGACGCCGCAGUUCGUGUUCGCGGGACAAUCGGAGGUGUCCACGCGACAGAACCGUGGGACGGGCAUCCCAACGGUGACGUCCUUCCAUGACGAGCCGGGCACUGGUAUCGUGUGGCUCACAGACCCAGACGCGGGUUUGGACGCCUGGUAUGCAGUUCCUGGAGAAGAUGGGGUGCUGAAGAAGAUCAACCUGCCUACCGUGAACGGUGCGAAUCGAUAUUCAAGGCCCGCGUUUGGAGACGGAAAGGUAUAUGUGGUCGAUGGAGAAGGAAGCUUAGUCUGUCUAGGCGUUUUAUAA